UGAUUGUGUUUGUGAGGCUUGAGCGGUUCCGCUCCGAAGCAUUAUGGCCGUGUGAAAGGUUGCAGCCUGUCAACAGCAGCAAGCCCUCUCGGUGCAUCAGCGCAGUGCACUGCCCCAGUACAGAAUUUGCAAAAUGGCGUCCUUCGUGGCAACCCUCAGCUCUGCUGUAGUCGACAGCAUAGAAAAAACGCUCUUCUUUUCGUUCGAGGACACUUUGAUCCCCCGCUAUAUAGACAGGCAUGGCUUUGAUGACCUCACUGUUUGGCCUGGUCGACAUGGAACCCCUGGGCUUGGCAUCCACAUUGCUGAUGGCUGAUCCACUAGGGGGCGAGCUCUUCCAAAAUGAAGAGGGUCUCCCUCAAGAGGGCGUCAAAUUGCCCCUUUCAACUCUCUCCUCUCCACUGUCCUCCCUCUCUCCCCCCUCCUCUCCUCUCUCCACUGGGCGGGGCGAGAGGUUGGAUGAUGAUGCCCAGUCCUUCCCCUGGCUGCCCGAUGACCUUUGCCCAGCUGGUUCCAGCACAGAUGGCAUUGAAGACGAUGCCUUUGCUGGUAUGGACUGGAUGACAGAACGCAUUGAUCUGAGUGAGUUUGAUUUGGAUUCAAUUAUCGGGUCCGAAGAUCCGGACAGUUCUCCAGAGGAACUCAUCGCUUCGCUGGAGUCACACAUGCGCUCAGUUUCCCCCAACAACGCCAUCCUAAUGUCAGAUCACAGUCCAACUUUUCCUCAGGUCUCAGUCUCCUCCCAGAACGCUGGCCCAGUUUCACCACAGAACUCCACCAGUCUCUCUAAUUUCCCCAAUGACACUGGGCCAGUUUCACCACAGAACUCCACCAGUCUCUCCAAUUCCCUCCAGUCUCCGCCGUCUCACUCAGAGGCUCUGGUGGUCUCCCCAGGCUGGGGAAGUUUUUCUGAACCUGUACCUACGUACGUCCUUUCCACCCCUUCCCCUCUGGUCCCUGAACCCCAGACUGAACUGGAGAUCAAAUCGGAGCCGGCGUCGCCCGUGCCCUCCCCCUCCCUGCUCCCCCCUGACUCCCCCACACAGACGCUCUCACUGGGCAGUGAGGUGGAUGUGAGUGAAAGUGAUAAACCAGUGUCUGGGGAUGUGCAGUUGCCCAGAGUGGUCCUGACCCUCUCUCCCACCCGAAUCCUGGUCCUCCUGCCCCCUAAGCAGGAGUGUGUUCCUAAACAGCCUGCGGUGAACACUCAGACGGCAGCGGGCCAGUCUGCCGGCCCGGUGGACUCCAGCUGCUCAGAACCCAGGCGGUCCCAAUCCCAGUCAAAGACGAACGCCACGGCGGGCUCCAGACGGGCGGCGGCGUCUCCGUCGUUGUCUGGGCGGGUGAAAUGUGUGGGCGGAGGUGUGAAGGUGGUGGUGGAGAAGAAGCUGAAGAAGAUGGAGCAGAAUAAGACGGCGGCCACGCGCUACAGGCAGAAGAAACGGGCGGAGCGUGAGUCGCUGCUGGACGAGUGCUCUGUGCUGGAGCAGCGGAACCGGGAGCUGACGGAGAAAGCAGACUCUAUCGCUAAGGAGAUCCAGUACCUCCAAGAGCUUAUGGCGGAGGUCCAGCGGGCCCGGGGCAGGAGAGACCAGAACUCGGUGUGAACACACACACACACACACACAGUAAUGAUGAAAGACUGCAGGCUUGGAUGUUCUCGUUCACCAGAGAGCAUAUCUCUGCCAGGGGAACACGUCACCCGUGCCGUUGGUGUGAACUUCAUUAUUGGACUAAAGAACCAAUCAGAACUCUGAAGUGAUGGACAUGUGGUGGUUCCGUUGAAGGAUUCGUGUGACGUUUGUGACUGAGGAGCAUGUUUAUGUUACUGAUGGCGUGAACCCCUCAGUGGGUUCAGAAAAGAAACCAGUAGUGGAAUGAGCGGUGAUGAAAGACAGAGGGGAGCAGAAAUGGCAGGUUAACCAUCACAUUGUGUAAUCUCUAGGACAGUAUCUGUGUAAUCCACAUUGUGUAAUCUCUAGGACAGUAUCUGUGUAAUCCACUUUUAAAACCUGUACUUUGUUAGACAUUUCUGUUAUAGAUUUUGUAAUGAUAUGAGGUUUAAGCUACAGACAGCUCUUAAUCUUGCUUUGUAAUCAUAUGAUAGAGAUCAUAGAGCAGGGGUUUAAUGCAUGCAGUUUUCCACCUGCAGUGGGUUUAUUGUCUAUGUAAUCUGUGUUGUCUGAUAUUAAAGUC